ACAGCGCCGGCUUCCCCCCCCCCGAACGUUUAGGUUGGAAUAAAAGGCUCGCUCACGCUAAGAUUGUGACUUAAAAACAGGAAUUCAAUUAUUGUUAUUAAUUGCAAUAAUAAUAAUUAUGAUUAAGAAAUAACAACGCGAAUAAAACUGACCCAAGUUUGCUAGAAUUGCUCCUUUACUUUAAGGUGUCCAGUUGAAGUUGAGUGGACGUGGGGGCAUUUAAGGUGAACUGAGCUGUGGAAAGAAGGGGCUGAUAACACUUCACCGUGUGUGUGUGUGUGUGUGUGUGGCACUUGGCUGUGUUUCCAUGAUGAGGACAAACGGUUUACAUCCACAAUCCCUCGAGGCUGAGGUGUAUCUCUCCCUACGUUACUGGCAUGUAUCAAGUCACUUUCUCACAGUUUGCAACAUUAAUUCUAAGUCACUCUGCACUGACUCGCAUGUUGGACGCAGUUUGUGUGUGUUUACAUGUUGGAUCAUGACGGCGGCUUCUACACAACUUUGAAUACACGUGUGUGUGUGUGUGUGUGUGUGUGCUGUGUCAUACAGUAACAUGGAGCUGACAUAUGGACACAGGUUUGGCAAAGUAACUGAGAUGAAACAGGAGAGGGGGGAUUUUUAACUUGUCGUCCAAACACAUUAAACUUAAAGCUGCCAGCUUGUGUUAAAAAAAAGUUGUUUUUGAAGCUUUGUCUGCAUCCUUCAUCCUUUCAUGUCCCGUUUGCCAAGGCUGAGCCUCAGGAUGGUUUGUCCCUAUAUGCUGACAUGUUCACAUGUGAGUCAGUAGCAGACAAUGGAUGUGAGACAGAAUGUGCAGACACACAGCGACAACAGUUUGUCUGUGGAUGUGCUCUCUGAUUCAUCGUGUUCUUCUGAUCCUGCAUUGCUCCACAGGGGUCGAUACCCAGGCGCAGACAUGACCACUGAUCAGGAUUUUCCCAUGGAUCCUCAGUCAGCCGCAGCCGUGUUUGCUGCAAAGGGCAGCGAUGUGACGCCCAACAAGGACCAAGGAGUCUUCAAGGUGAUCAAGCGACCAGCGUUGGACGGAGAGCGGCCGAUGAUCGGGGACAGAGUGACCGUUCACUACACUGGAAAACUGCUCACGGGGAAGACGUUCGAUUGCAGCCGAAGUCGUAAAGAACCUGUUUCCUUCAACGUGGGAAAGGGACAAGUCCUCAAAGCCUGGGAUGUUGGUGUUUUGUCCAUGCAGAAAGGCGAAGUGUGCACCUUCCUGUGUAAACCAGAGUACGCUUACGGAGCUGUUGGAAGUCCCAACAAAAUUCCUCCCAACUCCUCAGUAUUGUUUGAGAUCGAGUUGAUCAAGUUCGAAGGAGAGAUGCUCACAGAUGAUCGCGGCAUCAUGCGGAGAAUAAAGGUCAAAGGCGAAGGCUUCUUGAAUCCCAACGACGGCGCAAGCGUCAGCGUGCACCUGGAGGGGAGCUGUGGUGGGCGACUCUUUGACUGCAGAGACGUGAGCUUUGUUGUCGGCGAGGGUGAGGAUAAAUGCAUUCCUCUGGGAGUGGACCGAGCCAUGGACAAGAUGCAGAAAGGAGAGUGCUGUGUUCUUUACUUAAAACCAAAGUAUGGCUUUGGAAGUGAAGGUAAACCCGAGUACAAAAUUGGACCAGACAAAGACAUUGUAUAUGAAGUUGAGCUCAAAGACUUUAAAAGGGCGAGGGAAUCCUGGGAAAUGACUUUGAAUGAAAAACUGGAUUUGGCUGCUGGAGUGAAACAUAAAGGGAAUCAGUAUGUUAAGGCAGGACACUACUGUCAGGCCAUCGUCCAGUACCAGCGCAUUGUUAACUGGCUGGAGUUGGAGUGUGGUACGGGGACUGAGCAGAAGGAGAAGAUACAGAACGUUAUUUUGACAGCCUACCUCAAUUUAGCCUUGUGUUUCCUGCGGAUCAAGGAGUUCUCACAAGUCGUGGAGAGCUGCAACAAGGUGAUCGAGCUCGAGAAGAGCAACGAGAAAGCGCUGUAUCGCCGCGGCGAGGCGCGACUCCUCCGCAACGAGUUCAGCAUGGCUUUGACGGACUUUCAGCAAGUGCUUCAGGUCAACCCCUCCAAUCGAGCAGCGCGCAAGCAAAUUUCCGUCUGCCAGAGCAAGAUUAAGGAAUACCAUGAACAGGACAAGAAAAUCUAUGCCAACAUGUUCCAAAAAUUUGCCGAACGAGACGCCAAGGUCGGGAGGUCGAAGAGGAGGCGAGAGGACAGCGGUCGGAGCAGCAUGAACGGUGAAGUGACCGCGAAACGACGGCGACCCAGUCAGGACUGUAAUCUGUGACACUGACACUGCAAAGGGGCGAAACAAUGGAACCCUCCUUCUUCUUGCUUUCCAAGCCCAGGGAGCAGAGGCAGGAACAACGUAGUGAAAAAGCCUCUAAUCCAAAACUUGUGUCCCAAAAUCCAGCGUGUCACCAUUCCUGCGUAUAAAACAAGAGUCUGAGCAGGCACAUUUGCAACCAAACUGCAUUUCCCCCGUCACGUGGACUGAGCUAUUUGGGGAUGUACAUCGAAUCAGAAAAAGAAUACGAUUGUUCAAAACAAUACAGAGGAAUUCCACUUUCUUUGUUAUCGGUCUACUGUGCCCUCCACAGUGUGUUUAUGAUCCCAAAACUGCACUUUCAGAUUUGGUAUUAAGAAGCCUUUGCUUGGGCAGCUGCAUGCAUGUGUCACAGGAGGUUUGAGAUUCAGGCUUGAAGGUUUUUUUUUUUUUUAUGUGCAAUAAAAGGUGAUAACAAGUCCCGUUAGCUAAUUGGUCUUUUAAAGAAUUGAAUUAUCAUCAAUUUGUUAUGUACAAAAAUACAAUAGGACGUUGCUCAAGCCUGAAUUCGAAAAAAAGUACUGAAAUACUAACGUUGAAUAAUACAAUUCUCCACUUGCAAAAUCGUCAUAAUGUCAGCAUUUUUAAUUUACAAACAGCACAAACUCCACAUGCAAAUUUAUUCUACUUUUUUGGCAAAUAUUUAAAAGGCAAAUCAGUGCAAUGCUUAUAACCAAACCUAAACAAUAGAAAUGAUGUACCAAGACAAAGAUUUUGCUUUUGGUUUUGACAAAGACGAGGCACCUUUUCAAGACCCCGGUUAGUGUGCAUGUACUCCAAAUAAAUUAUUGAGGAUUUGAUUAGUGCAUGAUUAGCCUUUUUUUUUUUUUUUUUU